AGAAGGAGAUUUCUGGGAGGAAGACAACGGGAUCCUGUUGUUAUUGUUCUCAUUAACACACAGGACUACUAUUAUUGUUGUAAAGUAACAGUGAUAGAGACCUCACCAAAUGACCUGAUAUUAUUUAUUGCUAAUAUGAAUUCUCUCAGGAGAUGGUUGUACAGACCAAAGGUAGUAGAAAUUAUGAAAAAGUAUAUUUUUUUUUUAAAUGCAUGAGAAAAAAUUAAAGUUUAAUUUAGUUUUUCUCAUGACUAUUUUUUAAAAAUUAUAAAGUCAAAGUUACUUAUACUUAUUAUUAUUAGUAUUAUUUUUUUUUUUUGAGUAGAUCUAAGCAUUUAGUUUAAUUUAGAAUAUAGUAUUAUUAGAUUAGAAGUUGGACUUUGGGUAAGACUAGGCUGUAUAUUAUCAGUGUAAGUGUAGCAAUAGGACCGUUGGGACUGACUCUAUGGACAUGGAGUUUUUAGAUUUUAGAGUCACUACUCACUACUCUUUCAACUCUUUGUAAUGGUAAUGAUGUAAUUUUCUUAUGCCAUACUUAACUAAGUCUAAGCUCUUUGAAAUGACUUCCGGUAAAAGUGCAGUUCAGGUGCGUAGGCCUAUAUUAUUUCUGUUUGAAUGUCUUAUUUUCCCCGUGUAAACUUAUGUUAAUUCUUUAUAAAAAGUAUUUUAAAAGUUAUAUACCAUCUUUUUAUUGGAAUACAACAACAAUUUAACAAAUUUUACGAGAUAAAAAAAGUACAUUUUUAUGAAUCUUUCGUGUUUUACGGAGCCAUUGUGGUAAAUCAAGGAUAACUCUUCUGUCUUUAAAGAUACUUUAUAAAAGUUGCCAAUUUUUAUGAAUCUUUCGUGUUUUACGGAGCCAUUGUGGUAAAUCAAGGAUAACUCUUCUGUCUUUAAAGAUACUUUAUAAAAGUUGCCCAAUUGGAUGAAUCUUGUUAAAAUAAAAGAUGUAUUUAUUUUAUAACUUUACUAUCAACGAUAACCGGAGUCGCCCGGGGCUGCAUUCAGACAAAAACAUCUGCUACGUCCUUUUAGUUCACAUUGCUAUUAAAGGAAAUGUCAACAACAAAACAACAACACUAUAGUAAAAAUAAUAAUAAUUAAUUUGUCUCCUAUUAAAAACAAUUAAAAUAACUUAUGUAAACCUUUCGUUUUUCCCGUUUUCCGAUGGCACCCGGAAGGAUCAUGAUGGGAUCCCGAACCCGAUAUGAUUCCGAUAGAAUCCUGGUCAUUGUGGGAUCCCGGUAAGAGACCGAUCCCGGUGAUAUCCGUUUUCGGUGGUAUCCCAAACUAAAUGAGAUCCCAAUCCGGUGGGAUCCCGUUUCGGUGAGAUUCCGAUCCCGAUAGGAUUUUGAUCCUAGUGAGAUCCUGAUCUCGGUGGGAUCCCGAUCCAGUGGGUUACCGAUCCUGGCGGGAUACCGGUUACGGUGAGAUCCUGUUUCGGGUGAUAUGUAGAUCCCGGUAAUUAUGGGGAGCUCACACACUUGACAUACGAACCCAGCUUACAAGCCACAUUGCAAUUGUUACGAGCGCCUUAGGAGAAAUUCCAGUUGUAUUAACGUUAUUUGUUACCACACAAGGUGCGCGUAUAAACCAAAUGCUGCACCAUUAAAAAUGCCUGUUGCAUCAACAAUUUUAGUUAUUGUUUCUUGGUCGUCCUGCAAUUUUAAACAAAAUGAUCCUACAACCAGCAAUACCGCAAAGCCAAAACGAGUCCGUCUUAUAAUAUAAAAAAAAUAAUCACUAGCCCUCACUUUACUCAGCGCAAAUCAGUCACCAGUAAUAAGCGCAUUUGCAUACGAAAAAAGAGGAGGGGUGCUCAAAUUAGAGCUGACCAAUCACGGACAGCGUAUUAGCAGCCUUCAGGGUGAUCAGCUUCACACCAGGUCCAGGACAAUGAUGACGUGUGUGUCCACUGCUUAGUCAGUGAUCCACUUCAAAUCUCCCCCCCCCCGACUCGACUUCAAAGGACAACCCCUAUAUUCUGAGCUCUAUGAGAGGGGAAAAAAGAAAGUUGGGGGGGGGGGGGGCGCUUGUGCGUAAUGAAGAAUCUAGUAUUUCAUUCUUUUUUGUGAACAUGCUUAGUUUGAAAAUUUCGUUUAGCAUUACUAACUUAUAGGUGGCUAAAAAUCUGGCAUAGCGUAAAAAGAAAAAUACAAACAAAUGGGGGCCCUGUCACUUUGGUUGGGGGAUGUUUAAAGACUCUUUAGAAGUAAAAUAAAAGAAAAGAUGCGAUUUAUAAUUAUAAUCUAGAAUUAGUUAACUAUAACUGCCUGGAUUUAAUUAUUAAAGAAUACACGUAAGUUUAAAUGAUAAAAAAAAUGUAAAAUACGAAAUGCGCUAAGAAAUAAUAUACGCACCUGAACUGCACUUUUACCUGACUUCCUAAGUCUAAUAAUAUUAGGCCUAGUAAGAUACAACAAAAAAUUGUAGUGCAAGAGAAUUUCAUCAUAACAGAAAUUCUCAAAACUACACAUUGUUGUAUGGCGGCAGUAUGGUAUUAGUCAGUACAAGAUUACAUAGAUUAUGAAAGAUGCUGCCACUCACUUAAAUCUUGAAACAGUUCAGCAUGUCCAACCAAAUUCAUCUUAAUUCUUGCUUUGGCUCUGGCUUUACUGAGACUAGUUAGUUCUUAGUCUAGUAGCUUUUUUAGUUUUUAGCUAUGACAAUAUGAAUUUUUAAAAGCAAGUUUCAGUAAAUGUACAGUUAACGGCAUGGGCAUGGGUUUUGCCAAGAGUUGUCUCACUCUAAGCGCAGUGAUGUCACUUUGGGGAAUCCCAACUCUGGACUAAGGGUGAUUGGGGGUAAUUGGACCAACAGUAGGACCUGAAUGAUGAUAAUGAUAAGUUUCCCGUUCUUCACUGAUCAAUAUUCACGUCAAAAACAUCAUCAGAUAGUCAAUACAGGGAAUAUGAAACAGAUUAAAAUGAAUUUUUCCUUUUUGUUAACAUUCAAUUUACAAGGUUUAAAAGAAAUAAAAACAGAAACUCGUCUUUGCUGAUACCUCAAGACAAGAUAAAUACCAAAAAAGAGAUGCACACAUGGUUAAAAGUGCUAUUUUUUAAUUAGUUGUUAAAAAAAUUCCCAUAUGAUUUCUAUGAUGUCACAAUUGUAACAAAGCAUUUCAACAUAAUUUCUGAGGAGGGAUACUCCCCUCUCCUUCUUUCAAACAAAAAUUCAAAAAUAGGGGGGGGGGGAACUAUCAAAUAAACACAGCUAAAUUUCAAAAUCUUUUGAAAAACACAACUAUGGCCAGUUGUUGACCUGGGGAACGUUCAAGCCCUGUUUACUGUGGAAGACAUCCCCGGCACUGCCGUUAACUGCAUUUUAGCCCAAGUUUCUUUUCUUCUCUUGCUAUGGACCACAUGGCACAUCCCCUCCACAUUUUGUUACCCGAUUUCACUGUUGACUGCAUCAUUUGAUAGAUCCCUAUAAGUUGAGCUUUAAUUUUUUUUUUUUUUAACUUUUAAAAUACCAUUACAUUUUUUCAGUGAAAUUUAUACAAUAAAAUUUUAUACUAUGGAUAUGAGGUAAUAAUACAUAAAUUGUAGAAUAUCACCUAAUAUUUUAUCCUUAAAUGACACAAUUUAAAAUUAUUAUGAAAUAGGGCCAGAAAUGCCACAAAAUCUAAAAUUGGAUUAUAAAUCCCACGAUAUUAACCAUAACAAUUAUUUAUUUUAGAGAUCAGAUCCAUCACUACUAGCUCAAUUUUAUUUUGCUGAUGAAGAGCUAAAUCUUGUUGCUGCUGAGCUUGACAGUUUUGAGGGGAGAAAAGACCCUGAAAGAUGUACUGCACUAGUAAACCAAUUGCGGGCCUGCCAGGCCAGAGUCUUAAAUGUUGUUUCACAAAUGAUGGAUGAAACUGUAAAGGGCCAAAGAGCCUCUAGGGACUUUAGAGUGAAAUUUCCUGAUGAUGUUAUUCAAGAAAAUCUGGCCGGGCAGUUAUGGUUUGGUGCUGAAGUAAGUUUAUUUCUUGCUCUUAAAAAACACCAUAUUUUGUAAAAUUAAAAAAAUUAAAUUUAUGAAAUGCACUUGAUUUAAUAAAUACAUUUUUUAAAUUAUCUUUAAUGAUUGUAUGUUAUUUUUCUUUCAGUGCUUAGCUGCAGGUUCAAGUAUUAUGAAUAGAGAAGUAGAAAGUGCCUGUAUGCGCCCAUUGGCCAGAGCAUUAACUAAAAAUCUGGACAGUCUCAGAAGCAUACUUAGAGAGCAGUGCCUUAGAAGUGUACAAGAGUAUACAGAGGCUGUAAGUUUCUAUAAUUUUUAAUAUAAUUAUUCAGUUGAAAUAUUAUACUUUUGAUGAGAAUGUUAAGGGUAGUAUUAAGACAGAUUGUAUCAAUAAAUUACUUUCUCAGAUUCUAAUGUAUCACUGCCUAAAGUAGUAUUAGAUGAAAAAAUAAAUAUGUAAAAAAACUGGGUGGGUUAAUAACUUUCCUCUGUGAUUUUUCUGCUGGUUGAGACUUUUCUUAGCACUGAAUGUAAAAGGAAACUCAAAGUGAACCUAAGAGGAAUGUAAAGAUGUGUAUUAAAAUGUUUAGAUAUAAAUACAAAUGCAAGAAAACUGUUGGUAAAAUGUAAUGAUUACAAAAAAAUCCCUUGAUGGAAAAGCAGUUGCUGACUCUAGUGCCUGAUGACAAAGAUAAGAGUUGAUCAACCCAUAGACUGCCUUCAAGUACAGUAUAUGCUCCCAUUAAGUGUCCUGGGCUAAAGUUCAGGGAGCCAUGUGGGGAGACUAGAUCCACAUUAUGGAAAUUAUUUUUUUGCACUCCCCAGAAGAUUGGGCAAGCCACUGACUCACUAGUAGGAGCAAUAAAGAGCAUUAAUUUAGCCUCCAAAGAAAAUUGAAACAAUGUUGAGAAAAAUCCACACCUAAUUCAAUGGAGGUUAAAUUUCUAAAUUUAUACUCCACAAUAAUGACAUGAAUGCAACAUUUUUAUUAAUGUAGAAUUAAAAGUUUAAUUGAAAGUUAAAAACUGGCAAUGUUGCAGUCUGGCAACAGAAAUGUUGAUCUUAAUAAAAUAACUAUGCUUGUGUAGCUAAUCUACAAAAACAUCUACAAGGCCAUGCUCAAUGAGGCGUUUAACAAUAAUUAAAGUAGAAAUGAAGUGCAUAUUUGAAAAUACAUUUUUUUUAAAAAUAUAUAAAGAAUUAAAUAAACCUUAUAUAUUUACAGAACCCUUAUAGAAUUUCUAUUCAUGUACAGUCUGGUUGUAACUAAGAAAAUUUCAUGAAUAAAAUUCAGAAAAAUGGAUAUGGCAAUAGCUUAUGUGCCUUUGUAAAAUAAAUUGUGCUCUAAGUCUAAACCAUUUGGCACUGUCUAUUUUAUUAAAGCUUUAAUUAAAUGGCAAACUAUGACUUAAUAAAAAUAACAGUAGUUUAUUCUAAAUGUAUCUGUAUUAUUCCAGAUAAAAGAAUCUUUAAUCAUAUUUGACAAGCUUUUUGCUGAAUUUGAGCUUAGGUAUGUUUUUUCCUUUAUUGAGAUUAUAUGUGAAUAAACAAUUUAAGCACUUUCUUGUCCUUCAUGUAUAUAGAGGGUCAUGAUGUAAAUUUGACAAAAAAAGAAGACUUGCAUUUUAUCUCCUAUAAACAAAUUAAAAUGUAAUGACAAAAGUCCUAUAAAAUAAUUUAACUUUUAACAAAUUCUAUAAGCAAUUCUAUAACUACUCACUGGUGCAUAUGUGUAGUCAUUUUACUUUGUCAGUGAAAGGGUUAAUUUAAUUCUUACUAUAAUAACAUAUUAGUUUUGAUUCUAUUCAUUUUUCUCAUAAAGAAAUAAUCGAAGUCUAUGAUUUAAACUAUACAGUGAAGCCUCUGUGUUGAAAAACAUUUUUUCAAAUUAAUUACGGACAAGUGAAUUAAGUCACCAUCAGUUAUAUUUAUUUUAGAAAAGCCAACUUCACUUCUUAUCCGAUAACUUCUGAAGCAGCUGUUUGCUAGCAUUCAAUUCAGUCCAUAUUUUUGUUAACUGUCUGCAGUUAUGUGAGUGCUAUGGUUGCAGUGAAAACUGCUCAUGAGUAUGACAUGAUUCAAGAAAUCACAGUUUUAUUUUCUGAGACAGUGCAAAGGUAAGAUAGCAAUAUUUUCACUAGGUUUAUAUAAUUUUACUUGCUUAAUAAGUUUGACUCAUUUUACAGAAAGUAACAACCAAUAGUCAAUUAAAAUAAAACUUUGACACACUUUCUUUGCAUGUUUGUACUUUUCAACCAUUAUGAUGCAUGGGGAUCUCAUAGAUAGGUAAUAUCUUUGGCGGGUAAUAGUUGUAUUCUCUUGUAAGUUUCCGGACCAUCUUUGCUCCCUAAAGAAUGCUCAGCUCGCACCUAUGGCUCAAAUAAGAUGUAGCAUACUCAGCAGCCGCAGCACAGAAAAAGGGCUUCAAUUAGCAGGCACCAUGGACAAGAUUACUGGAGCCAGCACUAACUUGGCAAGGCUCUCUAAUAAUGUGUGGGCGAGGUAUCAGCAUCCAGACUUAACAAAGAGUCUUCGAGAUUGUUGUGCAUAUACCACUCAGUACUUGAGAAAUGUAGACCUACCAAGACCAAGGAGCUUAACCACUUUCUUGCCAUGAGUCUCAGAAAAAUCCUCCACAUUAACUGCCGGACAAGAUUCGAGACACUGAAGUACUCCCCAUGUCAGUUCUCCCCAGCAUUUUCACCUUCUUGAUUAAGUCCCAGUGUUAAGCAUAUUAUGUUUAUAUCGGCUGUGAAAGAGAAUAUUUUAUGGCAAGCAUCAGCACAAACACUUCAAAGACAUUGAAGGGAUCCAGCCUCUUGGUAUUUUUCAGUAGACAAAGACUCCUUGGAAAAUGAAGCCAACAGAACAACUACUGGAAAAAUCAAGAGCCAAUCCAGAAAAGAUGACCAGAGGGUUACUCUAUUUAACACACACUAUGUCUCCAUAGACCUAAGACUAAAAUAUAAGUAACCAUGGGAGAAGUGCCUCUAAUUGAAAAGAUCCAAAAACAAUUGCUAGCCAUUCAUAAUGAUCAGUUUGUUGAUUAAGUAGUGUAUAGCAAUGCAACACCUAGACUUUUUAAUACAAUCACAACACCCAUAAAGCUCAGACUUGACUCUUUUAGAGAUUUCUUUCACCUGUUCCCAAAAAUUUAAUUCCUGUUCCCAAAAAUUAAAUUAACACUUAAAGUGCUGGGGAAUAGCUGUUAUGAAGAGGUGAAUUCAGCAGCAAGAAUUUUGUUUGAAGGGAAGGAUUUCAUUGCAGCUUUGUCAUACAUUUAUUAUGAUUUUGUAAAAACAAAAAUUAUGCAAAUUUGAAAAUAUUAAUGUUGGUUCAAGUUCUUCUUUUAUUACUUUCAUUACUUACUAUAAUUUUCUGUUAAGUGAAGGCAAAAAUUAUCAGCCAAUAAUACCAUUUAUUAUAUAAACAGAAGUAUAUUGUUUAUCACCCUCAUCUCAUUUCAUUGGUACGUGAAUGAUAUAAUAUCUUUAAUUUCAUGUUUCUUAAUAUUUAAUUUCAUGUUUCUUAAUAUUUAAUUUUUUUCUACAGAGCUUUAAAGUUGGGCUUAUUGACUAGAGAAAUGAUAGAUGAAUAUGAUCCUGCUCUCAUGUUUACAAUACCUCGUCUAGCUAUUGUUAGGUAUGAAUGAUGCAUUUAAUUUACUUGCUAUGGUAUUAUUAAAUAUAUUUUAUUUACCACAAACCAAUGUUAUUGAUACAUCUUGAACAAAAGCUAAUUAAACAUUAUAAAUCACAGAGAGUAGUUUUAAAGAACUUCUCUACAUUUAGAUACAAAAAUAUAUAUAUAUACUUGACAAAUUUUUGCCCUAUCUGAGCCAAUCAAAAAGUGGAAACUUUGAAUGAUACAAAUUUAGUCUACAAACUAUUACUAAAUUAAUAAAAACACAAAGAGGAUGCUACAUAAUGUUAUCUCUUAUUUAAGUAUAUGGCUCAUUCUAAAACAGUACACAACAAAAGACUAUACCAUAUGUUAAAUACAAUAACAAAGAAUACAAUACUCAAACCAGAGCUAAUGACAAUUAAUACAUUUUUAUUAUGUUAAUUAUAAAUUAUAAAAUCAGAAAUAAAUCAAAUUAAAGCUAUUGACUAACAUUAUAAUGAUUGGCUUGUACUGAUACGAUGUUAAAGAAGACACAAUUUUGUAAAAAGCUACAAUGAUGAAAAGGAAUCUACACACACACAGUAAACAAAUUUCUGUUGUGUAGCAAAGCUCUAUAGCAAGAAUAGCACACGCUCAAAAUAUCCCUCGUCUGAUCCUUCUGUCAAUCUCUCUAAGCGUUUAUAUAGCCUGUUUCAUAAAUACUUCUCGAACGGACUUAUGCAUUGUAUUCCUUUCUCGAUAUUUCCACAUAAUUCUACAGAAUUCUAAUAAUAAUUCAGACCAUAGAUUUUAGUUAGUUGUAAUUGAGGUCAAUGGAGACUAUAUUUAGUUAGCCACACCCUAAUAGCACUGCCGAACUUGGGGUCAGAAUAGAUGAAUGAACGUAAAUGAGACGUCUAUAGCAAGGACGUUAUGAUAAAGUCUUCAAUUUUACAAACUAUUACUAAAAUUAUUUUUAAAAAAACAGAUAAAACAAGUGAUAGAAAAUUUUGUCGGAGUUUAAGGUACACAAAUAAUAUACAGCUAAGUAAGUUUUAAGUUAAACAGUGCCAGCACCCAGAACCUAAUAUUUUGAUCUACCACUGACUCCAAGCUAGUUCCAUUUAAUUUUGAUAAAUCACAACAUAAUCACUGUGUAACAUGGCGAUUUAUUCAAACUGUAUUUUUUAAAGAGCACCAAUUGGAUUUGACAAAGAGAACUUUAAAAAAUUCAUAUCUUGUUGCAACUUUAUAUGUGUAAUUUUUCUGUCUCAAAAUCCAUUGGCAUUCUUUUUUUUCUUUUUUUAUAUUUGUUUCUCAGUGGUGUGCUAGUAUUCAAAGAUGGCCCCCUUAAUCCAGACAAUGACCCUUGGAAUAUUUCUGAGAUGUUCCGACCAUUCCAAACCUUGCUUUUAAAAAUCAGGUGUGUUUUAUCCAUUGAAUUUUUUUGUACAAUCAAAGUUUUUCCAUCUAGUCAAGUAAAUUAGAGCUCCUCAUAAAAUGUACUGCCAUUAGGAGCUCCAGUUACUUUUGUCUUUAAGUUAAGGGAUUUUAGGGUUUAAUUUUACUUUCACAUAAAAAAAAAAAAACAAGUCUUAUAUUUUAAGACAUUUACAUUUUUGCAGAGAGCUACUGAGUAUUUUAACAGAACAAGAACUUAAUACUUUAGAGAUGGCUCUCUGCAGUCAAAACGAACCUUCAUUUCUUAUAAGUCUCGAAGAAAGGAAGAAAGAAAAUGCUCGGCAAGAGCGCAGAAGAAAUAGAGAAGAUAAGAAACCUAAAUUAAAUAGUGGUAAAAAUAAGCCUAAAAGUGAAGAAUCAGAAGGAGACGACGGAAGUGUUGAAAGUGAACUCACUGCCUUAGAAAUUGCUGAACGUUUGGAGGCCUUGGCUUUAAAUUUUGAGGCUAGCAGAAUUGCCAAACAAACACAGACUAGUGAAAAGCAAGAGCUAGAUGUUCAGAGCAGCCACUCGUCUACAUCCUCUUCAAUAGGUGUUAGCGACGGAGAUCUGGAGGUAAGUCCUGAAGAUUUGAAGGAAAGUGGAUCAGAACAUUCUGAUCAUGUACAGAUCCAGCGCUUUACUAAUCAACUUUAUUAUGAAGCCAAUUUAGACAGCCGUGACAUGAACCAGGAACCUGCAUUCAUUGGACCUCUUAAUGCCUUUUCUCCAGAUGCUCUAUUUAUAGCAGAUGACAGAGCCACCGCAGACAUUGACAGUUCCAUUAUAAAAAAUGAAGAAACUGAGAACAAAAUCAAAAUUGAUUCUGCAGCAUCAAGCAGGGCUCAGUUUGCUAACGGCAAAUAUGACAGUAAUGAUUCUGGUUUACAAAGUGAAGCUCUUAGUAAUUCUGGCAGCAUGUUUACCAUCUCUUCAAGUGACUCCAAUCACCUUUUAGGUGCAGAUUCAUUAGCCACGGCAGAGGAAGAUAGGCCAUCUCCAAGCUCAUCCAGUCAGACUUUUGUUCAACCUGCUGAAAUUGAUGCCACAAUCACAACAUUGGCACACACUCCAAAUUCUUUAAAGUGGGAUUUGCCUAUCAGUGUACAGCCAGCCGAGUCACAUAGUGACAGGAUUAGCAAUGAUUUAACAGGUUAGUCUGUUUAAAAUAAUAAGGUGACUUGAAGCAGUAAAGACUCAAUUAUUAUUUGAAUUGAUUAGUAAUUAACUUUUUUUCCCAGUCUUUAUAUUAAAAAAAAAGCAUGUAGAUCUCUCUGCUAAAUAAAGCAGUUUAUUUCUUUGCAUGGAAUUCCAUUUAAAAUUCAUUUGAAUUUAUUUAAAAUUAAGAAUAUAACCUAACAAUUACAUUUUUACACAACCUACAAAAAAAAAUAGCCUCUGAAACUCACACCAACUUAUGUAUGUAUUUGGUUUUUAAUGGGAGAUCAAGUAUAAUUUUUUUUUUAAAUGUUGCAUUAAAAAUAAUUAUAAUUUUGCAACAGAUCACUGUAAAGACUCAAGUAAUGAUUUAAGUCCUGAGGACAUCAUGGUCUCUCAGGCAGAGGAAAGCUCAUAUCUGAUGAAUAACACUAGAAAUGUUAAUACUAGGAUAAAUGAGUGCAAUGGGCCAAUCCCUCAUAAAUUAGCAUCUACAAAUAUUUCUUUGGAAACAACAGAAUCAAGUCAUUUAUACAAUGGUUGUUGUCAUGACUUCAAAACUCCUCCUAUAUCAAUAUUAAAUGGUGCAGAAAUAAGUCCAGAUCUUUGCACUGUGAAUGGUGCUACAGAUGGAGACAUGGACCAGACUCAUCCAUUUGAAGAGGCUAAUUUGACAAAGGAGCCUGUUCAGACUGUUGAAAUCUGUGCAGUGCAUGUUCAUGCACAAAAUAAUGGGAAAAAAAGUGUUUUAAAUGGAUACAUAUGUGAUAGACAGGACUCUGAAUAUUCACUUACGGCCAGUAAUGUGCCAGUUUCCAAUGUUUCGUCCACUGUGGAUAAUGAAACUAAGGAGAAAAAUAACAAUGUUAAAGAUAUGUUGAACAUAACUUGUUUAGAAGAUUUAGUAACAACUGCAGUUCCUAGUGAAAAUGAAAACCACAAACAGGAAUCUGAGUCGAGCUCGCCGUCUGCUCUCCAUGAAAGCAGAAACCCAACCGAGGAAUCAAAAGCUACUAAUUUACCAGUAGCUGCUCAUACAGCUUCAUCUGUUCACAUAGACAUAGAAAACACUCCUUUGAUGACUGCAUAUCACAUACAUCCUACGCAUCAAAUCAACCAUGAGCUCAUGCCAUCUCCAUCUGCUAUUGAAUCUAAACAGUUUAAUCCCUCUUUGGCACUCUCAACAUCCGAUGAAUAUCUCACACCUGGUCAAACUGAGCAACUGGGUCAUUCCAAUGCAGCUGGUUCAUCCAGACAUUCAUCUCAGUCUGCCUCAUCUGGCAAAAAAGGUCAUAAAACCAUACCAAGAGGAAAAAGUGGAUCUAAAAGUUUGAAAUCUGAGUCCAAACGCCAAAGGAGAAGAGAGUCUGGCUCAAGUCUAAGUCCAUCUCUUCCCAAUCAAGCAAAAGUUCUUAUGGAUACCCACUUGUUAGAUGCAGAAUGGUAAUUAUGUGUGUUUGUAGCUUAUAAAAAAAUAGAUUAAAUGUUAAACUAAUUAGUUUGUGUCAGCUUGAGUUAUGGGUGAGACCAGUUCAAUUCCUGACAACCAAUCUUUUGGGGUGUGUUCGCCCCCUUCCCCCCAUUAUUGGGUGGAAACUUCAAAAUUUUAAAUGGUCAUUUAUGCAAUUUUAUCCUCAUAGGUUUUUGUUAUCAAUAUUUUUAAACAAAUUUUCAAAUAAAGCAUAUAGCUGCUAUUAGUUAACUUUUCAUCAUGAAAAUGAAAGCUUUUAGACAGGAUGAUAAGUUUUUAAAUGCACUAUAUCAUCUAUUAAAAUAAUCAUAUUUUUUCUUACUCAUUUGAAAUAACACUGUCAGUUGUAACAGCAGUGAAACAAGCUCAUACACAUCUGACUGUGGUGACCAGGAAGAAAUAGCCCUUGCUAUCAAAGCUGCGGAGAGUGCCACUCGCCAACAAGUGCGGGCUCGGUUCAGGAGCAGCAGUGAUAUGAUUCACAGGCUGUUUGUCUGUAUAUCUGGUAAGACUCGUUAACUUCAUUUCAAUAAGAUUGCCAUAAAACCGUUAAGAGUAUUUUAAUUGUUGGAUUUUCUAAUAAAUAUUUCAGAUUAAUAAAUUAUAAUUUCAGACUAAAGUUUGACAUUAAGAAAAAAUAAAUAAUCCCUGAGGACUGAUAAAUGAGGAUCAAAAGAUUUUAUUUGUUUCUUUAAAGUUAAUGACCUCGUUACUUCCAGGUGUAGCCGAUCAACUUCAAACCAACUUUGCAGGAGACUUGAGAAACAUCUUAAGAGCUGUAUUUGAUAUGAACUGCUCAGAACCAGUUGACAUUACCGAGGGUGAUAAAUGUAAAGAUACAACCCCAUUAGGGGCUGCUUACAGAGCUAUGUCAAGUGCCUCACGAAAUGCAAGAAGGGCCAGAAGCUCAUCAAACCAAAGACAGAGUAAGAAUAGGGUCUAAUUACAUUCAUUUGAAUACUCUUGUUUGGCUUGGAAUUACAGUGGAACUAAAGAUUGUGACCGGCUUUGGGAACAAGUUCAGGAACAUUGGAAAGCAGGAUUCAAUGAUAUUUUUUCUUACUAUAUGUAACAAAGCAGUGGCUCUCAAAAAUUUUAAGCUACCACCCACUUGGCUUGAUAAACUCAUGUCUAACACCCUAUUAUUAGCAUUCUGAACAAAAAAAUGGCACUGAAACCACAUUCCAUCCAAUACAAUCUAAAGAAAUAGAAUAUUCCCUUCUGUAGCCAAAACUUCUGAUUGUGAUAUGAUUUUUUAAAUUUUGGCUUAUACUCAAUUAUCAUUUUUAGUAUCAAUGGUAUAUCUGGCGGGUUUUUUUUUUUCUUGAUAAAGAACUGUUCUACAAUAAAAAAAAUGAAUUGACCCUUCAUACAAACUUUUUUUGUUUGUACAAAACAAACAUUAGCGGAAGCAAAGGUUCGUUAUCUUAACUCAUCCAGUUAGAUUUUUUAUGCUGCACAAAGUGUCUUCAAUAUGCUUAAACAUUUUUUAUUUGCUGCAUUGUCCUGAAUUAUUGCUUAGAGGAAUCAUUGUAAGUAUAUAUUGUCUAUGGUGACAAUCUGGCAGACCAGUUCUCCGAAACUCACUAAGUGCUAGUAGGCUGAGUUCUUCAUCGAUUUGAUGUGACUUUCCAGAUUUAGCAAUCAACUAUACGAUACUCAGAUACCAAAGAGCCAUUCUGUUUUUUUUUGAGAAUGAUUGGAAAUCAUACUUUACCGUCUUAAAUCAUUUAUAAAAUUCAUUUUUUACUAAGUCUUAAUCCGUUCAAGUUAGGUGCACAUGUAUUUUUGGUAAUCAUCACUGUUGGUACUUUUGUUUGAAAAUUACAUCAAACGUCCUAUCACAUAUCUGUAUUUUAUUUGUUUCUUUCAUCAAAUUCUUGAACACGUUCAUAUGCCAUAGAGACACAGAAUUAAUCAAAAGUCCUUUUUCCAUUAGCAUUAGUCAUUCUUUUUAUGACUGCUCAGAAAUAAGACAGUCUAGACAAGUCAUAAUUACAAUAAAUUUUAUGUCACAAAUGGUUUCCUUACCUAACUCAUUACCUUAAUGCACAGUGCAAAAUAAAUAUUCGGUGUGCAACAAGUAUUGGUGAAUUCCUACACUGGACACCGUUUUUAUUUUCAAGUGUCUAUGAGACAAUUAUAUAUAACUAGUUAUAGCUUGCCAAAAAAUUGGCAACAGCAAUGUGUGAACUUCCCAUCUUCUGAAGUUACUUGACAAAACAUGAACUUAAGUAGCGCACAUUUAAGAAUCCCAAUUUUUGCUACACCCCCUUCCCCCCAUGAUACGUCCCUGCACACUUUUUAUUUCACGCCUAUGAACUAUAUUAAUAUUCUGAUGUCACAACUACUUUUAAACCGAAUAUUUAUACUGAGGCUAUUUCAAUUUUUGAAAAGAAAAUAUUAUGCAUCAAACAGUUGCAUUAUUUUUUUUAAAAAUGUAGCUUAGUUAUCGUGAAUUAUAUUUUGCGAGCUAUCCGGAAAUGGAAGCAGUCACACCACAAUGUAAUAUAUAUAAGAGAUCUUUGAGUGAUGUCUACCAUUACUCACUUUUAUUUGAUGUUAACUAUCAAACUGUACUUUACUUUCUUUAACAUAUAUAUAUCACAGUUAAGAUCAAUACCAUCGGGGAAAAUCCUGAGAUAGUUUCACUCGUAUAUGACAAAUCGGGUCCAGUCAGUUAAUUCAAAUGGCUUGACCUCGAAGCAAUCUAUAAUGGAGUACCCCAGGGCUCGGUCAUAGGCCCGGUGCUUUUCACUAUGUACGUUCAGCCACUGGGUGCAGUGAUCAAGCAGUUUGACAUGCUAUAUCACAUGUUCGCGGACGAUACACAACUUCAUCAAUCCGUGAUCCCCUCUCAGUUCCCUCAACUUCUUAGUAUGACACAGAAGACAGUGGAGUCAGUUAAGCACUGGAUGACCAUAAACAAGCUCAAAUUGAAUGAUGAAAAGACUGAGCUGAUCCCCAUUGCCACUGCUUAGAAACCAAAAUCUGUAAAAAACACAUCACUUACUCUCUCAGGUAUACAGAUUGAGUUUGCUCAAACAGAGCGAAACCUAGGUGUCUACUUAGACAGAACACUAACUAUGGAAAAUCACAUUAACAUGUUUUGCAAGGCAAUUUUUCUAGAGCUGCGCAGGAUUAGUCAUAUCAGACCUUUCUUAAUGUUCGAAGCAUCAAAGAGGCUGGUGUCUGCAUUUGUGCUAUCACGCAUGGACUACUGAAAUGCUCUCAUGGUGGGUCUCCCAGCUACGCUCCUGGAUAAAAUUCAAAGAGCACACAAUAAUGCGGCUCGCAUUGUUCUUCGCAAACGCAUGUUCGACCAUGCUAAAACACUUCUGAGAGAGCUGCACUGGCAGCCGGUCACUGGCAGCCGGUCCGCGCUUGCAUAGAGUACAAAAUUGCAACUUUGUGCUACCGCUGCUUACAUGACCUGGCACUGUCUUAUCUCAAAGCACUCAUGAUGCCUUGUGUACCCACUAGAGAGCUCCGCUCAUCCGAUAGUGGCAAAAUAACGUUACUGCAAGUUCGCCUUGAGACUUACAGAAAGCGCACUUUUGCAUUUUCUGGCUCAACGAUUUGGAACGCCCUUCCAGUCGCUCUCAGAAACAGCCAGACACUGGAGUCCUUUAAAACCAAUUUAAAAACACAUCUAUUUCGCAAACACCUUCUGGGGUGAUGCUAUCUACCAUCUUUUUACAGUUAAUGUAUAUUGGCUUGUGUAGCUUAUGGUUGAAAUGGGAUGAAAGACUUUGACUUGGUAUGCUCGUAUGUAGUUUUAUAUUGUUGCGUCCGUUUUUAAAUGUGGUAAAUUUUAUAUUGUUUUUUUAAAUUUCUCUUUUUAAAUGGUUGACUUUGUACAGCGCUUCGAGGUUUUUGGGGAUGAAGUGUGUUUUUCAAAUAAACUUUAUUAUUAUUAUUAUCUGUUGAUAUGCUGAUAAUCACUAUGUAAACGUAAAAAAGCAAUUUUUAUUGGUUUGGAUCAAUAAAAUAAUCUUAUUUUACUUUUAAAAAAAAAUUAUUCCUGAUUACUUAUUCACAUUCAAAAGUGCAAGCUUUGAUGAUGCCAGCAUUCCCCCCCCCCCCCAAUAAAACAAUCCAUUGAGCCUUUACUGUGUUUUACUGCCAUCUUUGAGAACCACUGAAUUUAAAGAAAUAUUAGCUUACCAUUUUUAAAAUAAAGUCUAAAAAUUGAAAUAAAUUGAAAUAAAUUGAAAUAAAAUUUUUAUUUGGGCCAAAUUUUAUUUCCAGAACCACCAAUUUGGAUCCCAGAUGAACAGUGCAAUGAGUGUAUGUCAUGCCAAGUGCCUUUCACUUUUGUUCGCAGGCGACAUCACUGCCGAAAUUGUGGAAAGGUAAAUUACAGUUAAAAGUUUUUAAUAAAUGUUAAUGUACACAUUCAAAGUAUGUUUAACUCUCAAAUAUUCUUGUUUUUUAUCAUUAUUUUUAUGUAUCAUGGCACCUUUACAAUGUGGCUGGUUGUUCAAUGAAGACCAUUGCAGGAAGACCAUUGCAAUAAUAAAAUGUUAUAUAUUUUAUUUGAUACCCAUUAUCAUAUCACAGUUUAUUUUGUUCUUGAUGUCAGGCCAAAAGAUGGAGCUUUCUUUAAAUUUUAACAAAACGUGACAAAUGGGUUCAAUAAAAUAAUAAGUUUUGAAACCAAAGUUAAAAUCUUUAUUAUUUCCAUCAAAUGUAUCAAUUAUUACAACAUAUACAAAUUUCAAGCAAUUUUCCCCACAUUUAUAUUGAUCAUGCUACUUUUUUAAAAUGCAUUAAUAGUGACUUUUUAGAAUUUUUGUCCUUUAUAAAAAAAAUAAAACAAGGCAACUGUUUCAUGAGAGAAAUACCAUUAUAAUCAGCAAACAAUAGAAGUGGAAAGUAUAAUUUGAACGUAUUUUAUUUGAAAAAAUACGCCACAUUGGGUACAAAUAAACAAUUAUAGAUGUAAAAUGUGAAAAAUUCUCUUUUCCAUAAACUUAUAUAUACAAUGGCAGCACCUAAAGUGUAAGUCCUAAAUUUUCUCUCUUUUUUUUAUAAAUCAAAUAAAGAGUUUGCAUAUUAUGUCUUUACUAAAGUAAGUAACCAUUGCAGUUUAAACAUUUAAUUGUUCUGCUAUUUCCUGCAGUUUUAACAGCAUUGUUUAGUUAUAAUCAUUCAUAAUGCAGAAACAUGUGCAUUAUCAGCAAAGUUUUCUACCACCUGAUUAAUUUUACUAUGGAACCAAAAAGAUUAAAGCUAUCAAAUCUUUUUAAUAUUUAUUUACCAGUAUCCCAAAGCUGAUAUCUUCUAUCAACUAAUUUUAUUAUAAUCCAAUCAAGUAGGAGCAGUGGCUAUAUUCAGAUUGAACUGUAUAAAAAACAGAACCAUUUAUACUGAUAAGCAGAUGGUGAAUCAGCAAAAACUGAUCAUUCAUUCACAGUUUUGUUGGUCCAUACCGGUUAUAUGUUGCUUAAGUAUGUCCUAUCCUCUCUUGCUGUUCUUUAUUACUUAAAAUGGUUGGUCCAGGGAUCAUAUUUGCAUACAAUUCCCUUUCAUGGGGUCCAAAUGAAAUUAAACUAUACUUGCUUAUUAGUAGUCUCCUCACUUUUUCUUUUAGAAGCUUAAUUGUAUAUUGGCCUAAAUUAAAACACGUUAUGAAAUUCAUAAUCCAGUAAAUAAACUUCUUUCAUCCAGUAACAGUUCACACAAUUGGGCCUUGUAGCUUAUUAGUCCAAUGUAUGUUAGAAAUCAUAUUUCAUCACUUGGAAUGUCCAAUUAUGUAAAUCCAAGUUUGCUUAGUUACCCUAUCAUUCCAGUGGCAAUGGUUGUGUACAUUUAAAAAACAUCUCCAGCCUUGUUGAUGUAAAGAAAGUUGACAAUGGAUAAAGUUAAAAGGAGAAGGUACUCCUUACCUUGUCUUGUUUCAGUCCGGUUCCAGUUGGUAGCUCAGGACUGACGGCAGGAAUAGCUUUGCCAUGAUGAUUGGCUUGCCUAGUGUCAUACUCCUAGUCACCACUCUGCUAUUGUGAAAUGAUAAUAAAUACAAGCAUUACAUAUCAGCUUACAUCUUAAUGAUAAAAUAACUGAGCAAAAUUACAUGUUAAAUUCAAUUUAAAAUAAUUAAAAUCCAACAUAACAAGCUACUUUUCACCUAGAAUCUGUUUUAGACCAAAAAGUAAUUUGCUCUUCUUAGUGUGUCCAGUGUAACUAAAGUAAUUUUCAAACUACUACCCUAUGAAAAAAAUUAACAAUAAAAUAGCUUGACAAAUUGUUAAUAAAAAGAAAUAUUGAAUGCUUGUCUUUAACUUAACUGUUACAGUAAAUCUAUGUAAAUAAAGUUUUUUUCCAUUAUUUCUACAAAAUUCAAGUCAUUAUAACGAUGAAAAAAUCAUACCUUUGAUAGCAAACUUUUAAUAAGGCAAAAGUGACCAAGAUCAUAGUCAUUACCGUUUUACUCUUUUUUUAUUCAACUACUAGCACUCCUUGACUUGAAAUAUAAUCAACAGCAAAUGUCAAAAGAUAUAUUUUUAGCGUAAAUUGAAAAUUUUUUCUGACUAGUCUUCACUGUAUCAGUGAAGUUUGACAGGAUUGUCAAGAUGGAGAAUGGGAAUUGCGUCAUUCAUGACCAAAAUAAUUUUUUAAAAUUAAAAAUCAAAAUUGAUGCUUAAAAUUCUGUUUUAACUACUCUAAUUUAUCCAUGAAAUUGUAUAUCUAAUAGUAAAAAAUAACUUUGGAAUAUAAAAAGCUGUGGGGGAAAUCAUGUCAUAUUCCAUUGAUAAAGUGUGAUUGAAAAGUCAGCGUUUAUAUACUUUGAGAGUUGAAUUAGUCAUGCAAAGCAAAAAUAUUUAAUUUUUUGUUAUCUUUACAUGUAGAUCUUUUGCAGUCGUUGCUCAUCCAACUCUGUGCCUUUGCCUCACUUUGGACAAGAUCAAGCUGUAAGAGUUUGCAAUCGGUGCUUCAUGUUUCGUGUCACCCCCUUUACCUCAAGGCCAUCUACAUCCCAAGGAAAUUAACAGAAAAAAAUAUAUUAUAUAUUUAAUAUCCAUUCAUAUGCUGGAAAUUGGAGGUAAAUUUUAUCAUGGGUAUAUCAAACAACUACACGUCACUUUAACUCUGCAAGAUUUAUUGAUGACAAUGAGCAUGGCCAUAUUCAAACUCCACUUUUAUUUUCAUAGUUGUUAAAUUGUACAUUUUAAAAUUAAAAUUGUAUAACAAAUUUAUUGUUAAGAAC